AUGGGAGGUCGUAAUGCUCGCGCUCAAAAAAAUGAUAUCGCCAAUUAUGGCGCCGGUUACAAUUCUUCCAAUGGUUACGGGGAGAUCGAAAAUUAUGGUUCAGUUUAUCAACCAGGAGGAGGAGGUUAUCCAAUAGGCUAUGGUUUUACCGACGGACCAUUCGUUACAUCGGUGAAACCUCCUCUGGGUGGCCUUGGUAGCCUUGGUGGAUAUGGUAGUUUAUAUCCAGCAGGCUUUAAUCCAGCAAUUCAAGGUGGUUUUGGUGGACCUAAAAUCCGUCAAAUUUGUGUACCUAAUCAUAUAGUCGGAGUCUUCCAAAACUUACUUCAACAAGGUGGAUGUGUCGGUGCACCACAAAUGAUGCCUCAACAACACUGUGCUCCGCAACCAAUGAUGCCUCAACAACAUUGUGCACCACCACCGAUGAUGCCACAAAUGCCUUGUGCUCCACCACCGAUGAU